AUGGUUGAGGAGCUUCUGAAUAGGAUCAGCACCGGUCUGCAGGAGGUGAAUGACAACGUGCAAAAGCUGCAGGAGUAUGGCAAGGAUCCAGCUCUGCGACUCUCGCGCACCUUCUCGAAGGCAUCGGUCAUGCACACGCCUUUCCAGCUGUUGCCGUCGACAGAGGAGCUUCGUGAGCGCAAGGUGAACUUCGGGUUGCGCUCCUCCACGAAUUCUACGGUGACUGAAGAUGAAGGUCCGGUCGUCCGGAAACAGCGGGCCUCAGUCUUGCAGGACUUGAAGGAGCAAGCGAUAACGUCUACCAAGACCCUGGCGCAGAUGUCUCGGCCAGCCUCCCAGCACUAUGUGCCCCGGCAGACCUGGAGCGAGUAUGCGGAUAAAGGCAAGAACAGAGACUUCCAGGACUUCUUGGAAAAUUGCGUGGUGAGAUACGCGCACAUGCAGGACACUUCUCAACGACGUCAAUCCAUAGAAGAAAGCUACUUUGAAUGCGAGGAGGCCAAGUCCAAAUGCCAAAGCGGGUGCUGCUGCUGCUGCCCCAAGAGGGCGAUGAUUCAUCCGCAGUCGAGGAAGAGGUUGAUUUGGGACGGCGCCAGCGUCAUUAUGAUUUGCUUGGACAUGAUCAUGCUGCCAAUGAUCUACGGCAUGAAUAUGGCUGACAUGGCGGAGCUUUUAGCAGUUGAAUGGAUCUGCACAAUGUUUUGGUCCGUCGACAUGGUUAUCACAUUUAUGACUGGAUACACUCUGGGUCCUGACGUCAUCAUGAACCCGCAGAAGGUUGCCUGCAAUUAUUUGCGGACUUGGUUUGCUAUCGACUGUGCAAUUGUUGGCUCUGAGUGGGCAGCCCGCAUCACAGAGUUCGUCAAUGGCCUCAAUGCCUUCCGCGCUGCCCGCGCUGUGCGCGUGCUCCGCGUGGUGCGCGUGGUGCGGCUGAUCCGCCUGGCGCGCUUCGUCAAGACCUUGCGGAAGUUCAUGGAGAUGACUGGCUCACUGCGCCUGCUCAUCCUCUUCAAUGUCGCCAAGCUGACCGCGCUCUUGCUGCUAGCGGUGCACAUCUUCAGCUGUGGCUGGCACUUUGUUGGCUUCUACACGCCUGGAGGCUGGGUGGAGAAGGAGAACUUCUUAGCGGAGUCCGUGCUGGUGAGGUACGUUGCGGCUGUUCGCUGGACUUUGUCGCAGCUGAACGGUAGAACCGAUCGAGAGGAUCGGACUUUCGUGGAGAUGUCGUAUGUGGCAUUUGCAGCGUGCUUUACGCUGAUCUUCAUGUCCAUCUUCGUGUCAAGUCUCACCUCGCGAAUGCUUCAGCUGCAACAGCUCAUGGACAAGGAGUCGGGCUACAAGCGGCUCUUGCAGAGAUACAACGAGAUGCACAACUUAUCAUGGACUACGGUUUACCUGGCUAGGCGCCACAUUGAGGACCGCACCAAUUUGGAGAGCGACAUGGACUUGGAGAAGGAGCUGUUGCGGCUCUUGCCGCUGCAGACCCAGGCCGAUUUGCUGUCAGAGGUGCGCUUUCCUCUGCUCGUACAUCACCCGCUCUUCCGCCUUCUUCGCGGGGAGUUCUACUCGGCGAUGCGCAACAUGCUGAUCACUGCUGUGAAGCCGGAGCCCACCCGGCACAUGGAGACGAUCUUUGCCAAGGGCAGUGCGUGCCACCAGAUGUAUUUUGUGGAUGGUCGGAAGUUGGUCUACAGCAAGGACACUGGCCUCAAAAACUGGCUGGCCAUUUGUGGUUUGGACUUCGAGCUGCAAACUUGCUCUGCCGCAAACCGCAUGCGGAAUCUGCUAAGGGGCCACAGGGCAUUGCAGGCCCAAGAGGGGAUUCUCAGCACCUACGAGCUCUCAGAGGGCACGUAUCUUUGCGAGGCGAGCUUGUGGGUGGACAAGUGGCACAACCAGGGUGACUUUGUGUCCUUGGCCCAUAGCAAGCUGGUGGUUGUCAACAGCGAUGCCUUUGCAGAGGCCGUGGCCAAGCACCAAGACGCCCUGAAGCUGGUGAGUCUCUAUGCGCGCAACUACGCGGAGACGCUGAGAGCAUUGGCGGACGCCAACGAGGUGCUGUCCGACCUCUUGGAUAGCGAGCUCUUUGCUAUGCUCGGGGUAGAGCAGCCCGAGCGGCCGCCCGAGCGGGUGGGCUCCAAUGGCAGCCUGCAGCGCUUGGUGAACGUGCUGAGGGGAUCGUCUCCAUUCUUCCGUGGUGCCUCCGGCUCCACUGACUCGGAUCUUGGCCGUGCCAUAUCUUUCGCGAGCUCAAAGUCGUCGGACUUGGGCCCUGCGCACGACUUGGCCCCACGGCAAACCCGAAUGACCACCAUACUGUCCGAAGAAAUGGACGCUUACACGGCCGAUAAGAGGGAAGAGCUUAGCUCAGGCCUGCAGGGGCCUGGGAAGGUAUCGCUAUGA